UCGGCUUUAGUACACAAUACAAUGAGUAAAUCUAAGUCUGAAAUUUUCGGCCCCUCGCACAAGGGUUGUCAGCAGAAAGUCCACUUGCCGAAGACGCCAUCGGUUGCCGGGACGGAUCUCCACGUGGCUGAUCUAAGCCUUUGCGGAAAGCCCAGCUUCCACGUCUGUCGCGGAAGAAAGUCUCCCGGUAUGACCGAAGUCGACAGCUCGUCAGACCUCAGACGACCCCACAGCCUAAAUCUUCAGUACACCGCUCUAAAAGUACAAGGCAUUAUGAAGCACCAACAGAACAUAAUCGAACUGGUUGACGAUAAUAACAAGAAUAUGGCUGAUCGGAAGGGUUCCCGGAUAAGGGAUGACUACGAAAGUUAGGCGCCACAGUUUUCGAAAUCAAUUAAAUAUACCAUAGUGACUUUGGCACCUUUGAUCCAUUCAUUCAACAUUCUUAGGAUCUCGCCCUCUCGAAGUACCCGCUCAGCUUUGCCAUCGUACGCUCUGUGAUAUUUGUUGCUUUGUUGGGAUCAAUUGGCUUUAUCAUUUUGUUUUUAAUAAAUAUUUAUAACUGAG